AUGGAUUUGACAAACAUUCUUAAUACCAAGGAUGGGGCAUCUGCCGCGGCAGCAGCUGGGCCCCCUCAUUUGGGCCUUGCUAUCGAAUUUCAGAAGCACUCAUAUCUUUCUCGAGAACACCCUCAGAGCCCAGCUCCCUCAGAAUUCGCUUCAGAUCGGGAAGGGUCGCCUCAUUCAUCUACCUCACCAUCUGUCUCAGAGCAUUCGUCUUAUCCAAUACAGCCAGCCCCAACUUCUAAUGGCCAGUACUCGGCUGCGCCACUUGCCCCACUUAACACUGGUGGAAGGGGGCCUGGACGGCCUUCUUCAGGGGAUCCGUUCUCAAAAGCGUUUCCCUGCAGUGUAUGCAAUAAAGGCUUUGCUCGUCGUAGUGAUUUGGCUAGACAUGAGCGGAUACAUACUGGGAUCAGACCUCACGUUUGCGAUUAUCCCGGGUGUGAAAAACAAUUCAUCCAGCGGUCAGCUUUGACCGUACAUGCCCGUGUUCACACCGGAGAAAAGCCUCACAUGUGCGAUACGUGCGGGAAGCCGUUUAGUGAUUCCAGUUCUCUUGCGCGACACCGACGCAUACACUCUGGAAAGAGGCCAUAUAAAUGUCCAUACGCGGAUUGUCAGAAGACCUUCACAAGGCGAACAACACUUACUCGCCAUCAAAAUCAUCAUACUGGGACAAUCAGCGAAGCAGCCGCUGCGACUGCCGCCGCGCUUGCUGCCAGGCCCACUUUGCCGAAGCCAGGGAGACCGCCAAGAUCCCCCAGUGCCCGCCCUCUAGGUCGCCCUCCAAACGACUCGCAGCCGUCUUCAGCGCACUCUACACCGUCCCCUAGUCAGCGCACAGCUUCAUUAUCACCUUCAACGGAGCUCCCGCCUCCAUUCUCCACUCACCGUCAGGCCGCGGAGUAUAAUAUGUACCGUGGAAAUAGCAAUAAUAUGAAUAUCACUUCACACCCUGCUUCGUUAAUGGGCGAGAUGCAACCAUUAACACCUCGCCCAACACCUACGACGACACCUACAAUUCCUUCCGUAAUGGUGCCUGGGAUGAAUCGUCAACCCCCGACCUCAAAUCCAAACUACUUGCCGCCCCUGCCCCCAAUUCUUGAGCCAAAAUCAGAAUAUCAAAGACAAGGGAGCCCCCACCUUUCUGGUGGCUUAGGCAGCCCGCACAUGUCUUCAGCUGGGAGCCCUCACAUGUCUCACGCAAAUCACCCAUACUCCCCAGCAGGUUACCGCUCGCCCUCAUAUCCUACAUCUGCAAUGUCAUCAGAUGAACAGGUUUUCUUCCCGCCUCAUCUACCAGCGAGCUUCCAGGCCCCAUCAUCCCCACAUUAUAGCGAGUCCCAUCUUCGAAGGCCGCAAUCAAAUGAAAAUCUCGGGGGCUAUGAUUUGCAUGAAAGGAGGCUCCCUACCAUGUUCUGA